AUGGCUGCCACCAAGCAAGUCAACAUCGCCAUCAUCGGCGCCGGCGGCGUAGGCAAAUGCUUCAUCUCGCAGCUCACCUCCCUUGCAUCGCGCCGCCCCAACCCCAAGCUCGCCCUCACCUACAUCGCGACCUCCAAAAAAGCCCUCUACUCCUUGGACCACACGCCGCUCGACCUGUCCAGCAUCCUCCUCACGCUCCCCUCCUCCACACAAUCCCCGCUUCCCCUGCCCCAACUGGCCGAACAUUUAGUAUCCUCGGGCACGCCUACCAUCCUCGUCGACAACACCUCCUCGCAAGACCUGGCCAACUCCUACCCCCUAUUCCUCAAAAAGGGCAUCCACAUCGUCACCCCUAACAAGAAAGCCUUCUCUUCAUCCUAUACCCUCUGGACCGACAUCUUCUCCGCGGCCGCCGAGUCCGGCGCAAAAGUAUACCACGAAUCUUCGUGCGGCGCCGGCCUCCCUAUUAUCUCAACCCUCCACGACCUCGUGGACACAGGCGACGAAGUAACUAAGAUAGAGGGCGUCUUCUCCGGCACAAUGUCCUUCCUCUUCAACUCAUUCUCACCCGUCUCCGGCGCGUCGAGCGCGACGUGGUCUGCCGAGGUGCGCCGCGCAAAGGAACUGGGCUACACCGAGCCCGACCCGCGUGACGACCUGAACGGCCUAGACGUAGCCCGCAAGCUGACCAUCCUGGCGCGCAUUGCCGGAUUGCCUGUGGAAUCGCCCACCUCUUUCCCCGUGCAGAGCCUCAUCCCGAAGGAGCUCGAGUCUUGCAGCUCGGGCGACGAGUUCCUGGAGCGCCUGCCGGAAUUUGAUGCCCAGAUGGAGGAGGUUAAGGCGGAGGCGGAGCGCGAGGGCAAAGUGGUGCGGUUUGUGGGGAGCAUUGAUGUGGUGAAGAAGGAGGUGAAGGUGGGCGUCGAGAAGUUUGAUCGGGCGCAUCCGAUCGCGCAGCUCAAGGGGAGCGACAAUAUCAUUAGCUUUUACACGAAGCGGUAUGGGACCAACCCGCUGAUCGUGCAGGGUGCGGGAGCAGGAGGAGAGGUGACGGCUAUGGGGGUAACGAGCGAUUUGUUGAAGGUAUUGAGGGAGAUUGCUUGA